AUGGGCACAGCGAUCGGAUUAGGUGGGCUCAACCCACCCCCUCCGUCAAACAACACAGUGCGGGUCCGCAUGAUAGACACAAAAUCUUUCAUGUCAUUGCAUGCCUUUUCCUUUGUCAAGCCGGUAAUGCCUGGGCACGAACGAAUGAGUGUCACAACCGUGGCCUUUUUGAUCGAAAAUGAGCGACUAGAAAAGAAAGCGAUGUUUGAUCUUGGAACACGAAAGGACUAUUGGAACUCCCCACCAUUCACACUCACGAGAAUCGAGGCCGCGAUCCCGGGCGUGAAGAUCGAGAAGGAUGUCACAGAGAUUUUGCAGGAGCAAGGCAUGAGGCUGGAUGAGAUCGGAACGGGACCUUUUCCCGCAUAUCCCGAGAACCCAAACUCCAAUCUUAACGGCGAUGAUUUCAAGGACAGGGAAUGUGUUGAGAUUGACUGCACAGACUUACACAUCGGACCGUUCAGUGCUACCGACUUCUAUGGAGAUGGCUCCCUAUAUCUGCUAGACACCCCCGGACAUUGGCCAGGACAUAUAUGUGCUUUGGCUCGAACUACACCAGACACUUUUGUCUUUCUCGGUGGUGACAUUUGCCAUUUCGCAGGCGAUUUUAGGCCUAGUGAGGAAAUCCCAUUACCGAACUCUAUUCCCGCGGAUUCUCUUCUCAGCAGUCAAAAAUACCCGAUGCCAUGUCCAUGCGAGUUCUUCUCCGCUCAUCAUCCUCAGCUUCGAGAAAUUGGGCCCUCGGUCGAUACAAAAUCCACGCCAUUUUACCAACUCUCGACACAUGCGCAUUCAACCUACAAAGAUCCGGCCACUGCUGCGAUUUCGACCUACGGAAUGCAAAAGUAUUUCGACGCUGAUCCCAAUAUCAUGGUCUUUCUAGCGCACGACACAUCAUUACUUGAUCAUUUGCCCACUUUCAAUGAAAACCCCGAUGAUGAUCUCAACAAUUGGAAGGAGUUGGGGCUUAAACAAAAGUGUCACUGGGGAUGGAUGGGUGAGCUUCCACGGUAUGAUAAAGAUGGAAAUGUGGUUGGACCAGGAAAUCGGGAAAUGCCUAUUGUUGAUGGUCUUUGGGUGGAUGGCGCUCUGAUAGAAGGCUUCAAUAAAUAA